CCCUCCUCCAGUCUCCCUCCAGAUGUUUCUGCCGCACACGCAAGCGAGUGGCAAUUCAGGUUACUGGUUGGGGCGAUCUGCCUUCACAUGCUUCUCCUACAACAAACCGGACGACUACUUUGGCCGCUAUCAAGACCUCUUUGGCAAUCUCCCUCCCGCCACAGCUCCGAAGGUGGAUGCACAAGCAAAGGCGUUCACAGGGGCGGAUGCUGUGCAGGGCUCCCCAUAAUGCUUGAUCUAUCUGCAGCUGGCCUGUCGGUAUUCAUCGCUAAGGCCCCGAGAUGGAACGAGAACAUCCACGCGGUAGAUGACGUAGUAGAUAACCAGUGCCUCGGAUCAAAACACAGAUGUUUGUCUGUCUUACAAUGUCAGCCUUGCACCUGUGGCCCGCGACUCUUCGGUGCCAACGCACUCAAGCCGUCUCGUGAAAGACAAGGAUACCACCUCCGGUUCGCUCACCAGACAGCGGGAAAAGCCAUCCGAAGGCGGCAGACCAACAUCUGAUGCGUUCCCAUGGCUGGAAGAGGCAAAGUGGGCACACGAUAGGCAUGCAACAUCGGCGACCUGCAUCGGUCAUCUUUAUGCGUUGAUUGGUGCAGCCGCCGUCUCCCUCGCGUCCACAACACUCGCUACUCCUAUAGAUUCCAGUGGGGAGGCGAAAAGGUGCCGCCAGAGGAAGAGUGGAGCAACACGCCCCCACCUAAGCUGGGCCCGGAGGCCGUCGAGCAGAUCAGGCAACACGCACAGCUGCCGGUCUAUCGGCCACACGUCUCACUGAGACGGUGAGCAUACAGCAAGAGAACCAUGAAUAUCGACAGUCUGCUUGCUUCAUUGUCCGUAGGAAUGACCCCUAUUAUGACGCGCGCCGGCCUGUUUCCGUUCAGCCGAAGGAGACAAGGCCGCCUCGAGAUAAGCUGCAUCGGCUGAUCGUCCAGAAUCCCGUCAAGUUGAACGCCGAAGCCAGUGUGGUCGACGUUCCGUACCGAAUAGUUGGCCACCAUUUCUAGCGAUGGGGAACAGCUUGAAGCUGUGCAUAGUGUGAUGUCUCGUGAAUUGAGUUUCCC